GAGAAAAAAUAACCAAUUUGGCAUUAUCUUGUGAAGAAGAAGCGCCAGGAGCGUUCUUGCUGUGAGUGACUAUGACCCUCGCCAAUUCACCAUUUAUCUGUUUCUCCAUCUAUAAAAGCUGCGAAAACUACCUAAGCUGAAAAAACUGAUCAAAAUCUGAACUGGGUUUUUCUUAAUUUCCGCAGGAAAUCUCUCUAUCCAAAGAUCAAAUGGGCUUCGAUUCAGAUUUUGAAAAAAGUCCUGCGCCUAAGCUUUCUUUCCUUUCACUUCCAAACAAGCCACAAGACCCACCAGGAUUGUUAACUCCACCAAUCCAUACUUUAGCUUCAGUUCCAUUCCAAUGGGAGGAAGCUCCUGGCAAGCCUAGACUCUCCAACACACACCACCACCAGCCGCCGCCCAAGUCCAAGACGGCGAGGUGCUUAGAAUUGCCUCCAAGACUGUUAAAUGAGGCCAAGGUCAAUAACGUUUCUUCUCCUACAACUGUUUUGGAUGGGCCUUAUUUAUCGAGUCAGUCUAAUUCUCUAACUCGAUCUAGCUCCUUGUCAUUUAGAAACGGAAAGUCGUUUAGUAAUUUAGAUAACUUAAGCAGGAGAAGUAAUAAAGGGAGAGGCAUAUUUUGGUCCAGUCGGUGGGGGAGUUUUAGAGGGAAUCAUAAAGAGGUGAUUGAAGGUAGUAUUGACUUGUCAUCUUCCGCUUGUAAUGGCCAUGAUGGUGGUGGAAGUAGCGGCGGUGAUACAAAAGUGAAGGUUACAAGGGUUAGAAGGAAAUUUAGCUUCUUUAGUUUCUCUUCUACAAGAUCACAUUCGUGGACAAACAUCUAUGAAAGCUUUAAGCAGGUGGUCCCAAGGAGAGGUAGGCAAAGAAAUUGAGGAAGAUCGUGAACCAAUAAUAUUCAUUACCAAAUGUCAACAAUGUGGAGCCUACUCCUGUCAAGCUUCCAUUUUAGAAUUUUUGUAUAUAAGAAAAAAUUUUAAUAAUUUAUCUUAUAUUUGUUGACUUAACUGAUGUGAUUAAUUAUUUUUUUAAGCA